AGGCCCGAACCCGGCCCAGCAGGCUAGAGCGCGUCCGUGUUAUGUGUGCCAUGGACUCAGCCCAGUAAUAUUGACAAUAGGGCGAAAAAGGGACCGAUAUUCCCCCAAAAAACAUAUUUUCUGGAUAAAAAUAACCUAUAGGUGCGGCGUGUGGAUAUAAAGAGAUACCCGGGGAUGUUCAUAUUUCAGCUGGAUCUUUUUCUAUCGUCGGAAAUUUGAGUGUUUGAUGGGAUUAUUGCUGUGGGUUUGGCAGUUUUUAAGGCCAAAAACAGAUUUUGUGUCUUUAUUUUUAUUUUUCUGCUGCUUCAAGAGGCCUUGAAGGAGGAAAGACGAUUAAAACACCCAUAUCAGCUCCUCACAUCGAAAACAUCAAGGGCUAUGUCCUCCGCAGCCACCACUCCUCCAUCAGUGGAUAAAGUAGACGGAUUUUCCCGGAAGUCUGUCCGGAAGGCCAAGCAGAAACGUUCUCAGAGUUCCUCACAGUUCCGCUCUCAGGGCAAACCAAUCGAACUCACACCUCUUCCCCUGCUUAAAGACGUCUCUGCUCAGGAGCAGCCGGAGUUGUUCCUGAAGAAACUUCAGCAGUGUUGUGCUGUCUUUGAUUUCAUGGACACACUGUCAGACCUGAAGAUGAAAGAAUACAAGCGCUCAACCCUCAAUGAGCUUGUUGAUUAUGUCACAGUCAGCCGAGGAUACCUCACAGAACAGGCCUACCCAGAGGUCGUCAAAAUGGUGUCCUAUAAUAUAUUCCGAACUCUUCCGCCCAGUGACAGUAAUGAGUUUGACCCAGAGGAGGAUGAACCCACUCUAGAGGCCUCAUGGCCACAUUUACAGCUGGUGUAUGAGUUCUUCAUUCGUUUUUUGGAGAGUCAGGAGUUUCAACCCAGCAUUGCCAAAAAGUACAUAGACCAGAAAUUUGUCUUACAGCUGCUGGAGUUGUUCGACAGCGAGGACCCUCGGGAGAGAGAUUACCUGAAGACAGUCUUACACAGAAUCUACGGAAAAUUCCUGGGACUGAGAGCUUUUAUACGAAAACAAAUUAAUAAUAUUUUUCUACGUUUUGUUUAUGAAACUGAGCACUUCAAUGGAGUUGCAGAAUUGUUGGAGAUUUUGGGCAGCAUCAUCAAUGGCUUCGCUCUGCCGCUGAAGGCCGAGCACAAGCAGUUUUUGGUGAAAGUUUUGAUUCCUCUUCACACCGUCAGGAGCCUCUCGCUUUUCCACGCACAGCUGGCGUAUUGUAUUGUACAGUUCCUAGAGAAAGACCCAGCGUUAACAGAACCAGUUAUCAGAGGUCUGCUGAAAUUCUGGCCUAAAACCUGCAGUCAGAAAGAGGUCAUGUUCCUAGGAGAGUUGGAGGAGAUUCUGGAUGUGAUUGAGCCCACGCAGUUUGUGAAGAUCCAGGAGCCUCUUUUCAAACAGAUCUCUAAAUGUGUCUCCAGCCCUCAUUUUCAGGUGGCUGAGAGAGCUCUGUACUACUGGAAUAAUGAGUACAUCAUGAGUCUGAUUGAGGAGAACUCCAACGUGAUUCUUCCCAUAAUGUUCACAAGUCUGUACCGGAUCUCCAAAGAACACUGGAACCCGGCCAUAGUAGCUUUAGUCUAUAAUGUUCUGAAGGCCUUCAUGGAAAUGAACAGCACUUUGUUUGAUGAACUCACGUCCACUUACAAGUCAGAUCGUCAGAGAGAGAAGAAGAAAGAAAAGGAGAGAGAAGAGCUAUGGAAGAAGUUGGAGGAUCUGGAGUUGAAGAGAAGCCUCCAGAGUGACGGAAUUAUUCCCACUUAACGAUGCGCCUCUCCUGGACCGCUUUUUCCCCAACGCCUCCACCACGCGCUCGGAACGUUGGCCACUUUUUUUCCUUUCUGUAUUUGUGCGACUUACUUUACCGUAGAUUCACCUCGUCAGUCUCAUUAUUUCAAAAGCACUGUAAAUAACUUUAUUUUAUCCUUUUUUUUUCCCCCUUAAAAAUAUUAUGCCGAAAAAGAACGUGACUAGAAAAGGAUGUUUAAAAAAAAAAAUAAGCAAAAAACAAAAAAGACAAACAAAAAAAACGAGAAACCCGCACUGGAGUUGGAAGGACUUUGAAUAGACAGUAGGACUGAAAUAACGACUGCUGUUAAGAAAAUCAAACAAAUGGAGAAUCUCAACCUACCGAUCUGACAUACCUCGCCCACCCUUACCGAACAACACCAGCCCAAUUCUCACUCUCUUUCCUCACUUCCUGCCCCCCUCUCUACAUCCCAUUCUCACCCCCUUUUUCUUUUCCUCUCUAUGUCAGCGCUCUCUGAGUUGGAUCAACAUUCGCCACCUGUGUCCUGAAUAUUUGAAAGCAGAAUUGUCUACCUUUAACCUUUUGACCCUUGUUUAUCCGUUAACAUCUGGAUAAAUGCAGCAGGUCUGGAUUGUAGACUUCUCCAAAGGGAAUGCAAAGGACACUAUGCAGUAACCAGCAGAGAAGAGGAAGUGGACACAGAAUCAUGAAAACGCACCAGCUCAUUUUUUUCCCCCCCGGUUUUCGUUCUUUUCUGUCCAAAUGUGCCGCCCGGUACACUCAUUUGGACUCACCAGUCUGGUACUGGUACCAGUAAAUGAGAGACACACACACACACAUCUGAGGUAGUGUCUAGAAUUCCAGCAGCAAAACCGGAGAAGCUUGUCAUGAGAAAUCGAACUGCACGUUCACACACACAUUCUGCAUUCGAGUGUGUGAGGGAGUUUCUUACAGUGUUAAGUACCUGUAUACUGUAUCUGAAUGCAGUACUUUGAUACUCUGUAUCUAGUAGAACCUUUAGCGUAUUUUUCUUUAGGAGAAUCCAGUAUAUGAUGAGGAAAGAUUGAACAGCCUCUUGGGAUUUAUUUUUUCUUUCUUUCUUGGGUUUCACUGCUAAUUUGUUUUGGGUUUAGUUUUUUUUGUCUGGAAUUGUUUUUUUUUUUUUUUUCUUUUGACCAAGUGGAAUUUGUUCUCUCUUCCUUUUUUUUUACUUAGUUGCUGAUUGGGGGGGAGUGAGAGGGGGAUUGUGGAGGACUGAUGCUUUGGUGAGCAUUGUCAGAAUUUAACCUGUGCUUUAGAAAGCCCCAGACAUCAAACGAUUACAAAAGUUAAAAAGGGUCGGAGAAAUACAAAUGUUUAAUUAUUUUAAAAAAUAAAGAGAUAUUAAAUUAAA